AUGCUGCUGACAGAUUUGGAUCUAAACAAACUGUCGAAACUAGCAUCACAACAAAUAGACCACGUAACUUGUAUAGAAUGUUGUAAGUAUUAUACAGUACCCACAACAGCAGCCUGUGGUCACUCAUUGUGUAAUUCUUGCUGGCGCGGUCGUAGAAUCUGUGCUUCUUGUGGAAAAUCUAUCGAGAAGAAAAAUCUAAAAUUAAAUAUUCCACUCCAGACUCUCACUGAACAUAUUUCAAGUCUAUCUAAAACCUUAGAAGACCUCUUUAAUAUUAAGUUGGAUGAGUAUUUACUAGAUUCACCCAUAGAAAAUCAAGAUGAACCAAAUAAGAAUGUUAAAGAAUGGUUGGCAAGUUCACAAAACCAGUUUUCAGCUCCUAUUACAAAUUCUACCCAAUCAACUCAAGGACAGAUAGAAGCAGAAAAAGUUACUAGUGAAAUACAAGUUCAUUCUGUUAAUAAAAGAAAUUCAAAUCAUAAAGAAGUUAUUCAUAUUCCGCUUAUACAAGAUGACUGGGACAACAUAGAAGAAAUGCCCGAGACAGACAAAAAUACUAAUAAGAAUCAAGAAAAUGUUGUCGGUCCUAUGGAUAUUGAACCUUUUGAAUUUAUGAUGGAUGAUGAGUAUAAUGCUAAUAAUCUUCGACGUAGCUUAAGGAACAAAGAUAAUAAGUCUCCUAACAGUGAGCUUAAACAGGAUUUCCAACAAGAUAAAAUAAUGAGUGGAGACACAAAUAAAACAUCUGAAAAAAGUAGCCUCAAGGUAGCUAAAACUUGGACUAAUGUUAAAAGAAUGAAAAAAGAAUUCAGUAAAUUAAACAAAAAGCAUAGAAAUAAACUGAAUGUAUCUAUAGAAAUGUGUAAAAAGAACAUAAAUAAAAUUGCUCCACCAGUAACUCCGGAAAAUUUAUAUACUAUUGAAGAUAAUACGCCACAAAUCAUAAAUAAUGAAAAUAGUGAUGAACUCAUAAAUAACUGUGAUGUUAAUAAAAUAAAUGAUGCCGAACAAGUUAUAAGCACUGAUCCUGUAAAAAAUAACAUAACAAAUAAUGUAACAAGUCAUAAAAUUGUAAAUGAAAAUAAUGAAUUACCUCCGCCUAAAGUGGCUUUUGUUAAGAAAAGUACUCUUAUAUACAAACCGCAAGAAAUAAAUAAUGUAACAAUUCCAAAAGAAAAACAUUCAACUGGAGUAGCUGUAAACAAUGAUGAUAUAGAAAUUACUAUAAAAAUAGGAAAUACUCUUACAAGCAUCUGUAUAAAGAAAAAGGACAAUGAUGUACAAUUAAAAAUUAAUUCAGACAGACAAGUUCAGACAUCCCUAGAAAAUUGUAAUGAGAAUAAAAAUGAUACAUCCAAUUCAAAAAUUACCAUUAAUAAUGUGGAAAAUACUGUCCGUUGUGAAAAUACUCCCAAUACAAAUACAGUUUCCAAGAUAAAUAGUGUGAAAAAAACAGUCUCUAAGAAGAACACAGCAUCAGCUGACACAAGCACUGCUCAGUUUGAAAUAACAAAGAGCAUUGGAGAAGAAAUGAUGAAAUCGUUAGACAUUAACCAAGAAAGUAUUAAGAGAACACCAUGCAGAAAUAUACUACAAGAGAAUAAAACUCAGACAGUAUUAAACAAAAUAAGUGAAAUUCCCGAAGAUGCUGAUAUGGAUAUAUUUGAUACUGACUCAAUUAAAGAAGCAAGUGUCGCCUCAAUAAAAUCUGCUAAAAAUACGCCAUCAGCCAUUCUGCCUUCCUUCAGACCAUCGAAAACUAAGACUCCGACAUCCGAUAAAAGGAAUAGGGAAAACGAUUUUGGUGAAAAUCUGCCGUGUAGCAAAAAAAGAAAGAUCACACCAUGCAAAGAUAUUCAAGCAAUCAAUGAAAUGAAAGACAUAGAUAAAUCUAUGGAGCAUGAUCAAGUCAAUGAUGAGGAUUUCUGUGAAAUGUUAGACAACAUAAAUACUAUGGAAUAUGCAAAAACUAAUAUGAAAGAAAUAAACAAAUCUCAGGACAUUAAACAAUUAGAAAAAACACCAACACAAAUAAGUGCUAUAAAUAAUUCCUUUGAUAAUAAAACAUCAAAAGACAAACACAUUGAGAAAUACAGUGAAAAUGUAUUUUCUAUGCUGGAUAAUGAAUCUCAAAUACUGAAAUCAUUUAAUUAUAAGACACAACAAAGUCAAUGUAAUAAAGAUUCUGUUGUAGAAAAGGUAAAUAAUCCCAAAGCGAAUGCAGAUUUAGAUGUUAUGGAGCUUUGCACUCCUGUGCUUGAUGAAGAUUCAGACAAAAGCGUAGUUGAAGAUACACCACAAAAGACAGCAUCUUUCUCUAAAAUACGAAACAAAAACGAAUCAACCGCCAACAGCAAUAAUAUUACUAUGAAAGAAAAUAUAAAACUCAAAGUUCAAAACAGACAAACAGAUAUCGAGGCAGAUAUCAUUAGUUUAUCUGAUACAGUCGGAGAUUCUACAAAAAAUAUUACAGUACUAGAAACAUUACCUCGACCAACAUUGGAGACUCCGGUCACAAUAACAAAAUUUGUGGACCAAAUAAAACAUAAAUCUACGCCCGUAGCAAAAAAAUCACUUAAAUUUAAUAAUGAAAACAGUAUCGGUGACAUCACUAUGUGUCCAAGCUCGUUGGUAGUCGCAAAAACCACACAAGAAAAGGAAUUCUUGAGCAAAGCAUUCGAACAAUCCAUUGAUUCAGAAUGUGUGAGACACAAUGAGAGGUUACUAAAAUUUUGUAUCGCCGGAUCAUGUCUGACCACUGCUGAACAGAGUAAGGUUAAAAUGCUAUGCUCGAAAAGGAAUUGGACAUAUGUUGAAAAAUAUACUAAAGAUUUAACACAUCUUAUUGUUGGUGUGGAUAAAGACAAUAAAGCACAACGAUCUGUUAAAUACAUAUGUGCUAUAGCUAGUGGGAAAUGGAUAAUCACAUAUAAAUGGAUUGAAAAAUGUUUACAAGUAAAUGGUGUGGUAGAUGAGGAACCAUUCGAAGCGUUAGAUGCUUCAGGCGAACCUGGUCCAAGACGCUCUCGUUUGUCGAAACAAAAACUAUUCACCGGCAUCAGCUUCUACUGUAUGCCGCCGUUCAGAGUCAUAGAUGUCGAUACUUUGAAGGACAUCAUCGAGUGUUCGGGCGGCCGCGUGAUUGUUGAUGCCAAGGAGGCCCGGGCGUCUGUCACACCGUCACUGAUGUUAGCCGAACCCGAAAAUACACAAGAGGACCGAUUCAUAUAUCUCGCUGUGGAGCUGGGUGUGGUGCCAAUAAACUACGAAUGGGUGCUCAAUUGUCUUGGAAACUUCUCGUUGGAACCCAUUUACGAACUAUUAUUAUGUCCGGCCUCUCUGUUGCCGCCGAUCGUUGCAAAAUGGCCGCCAGAACUUAUAUCACAUGAUGUUGAAUAA